AUCAAAACAGGAUUGUGAUUAAGAUCCUUCUGAUUGGUUAAAAUAAAGUAAUAUAACACCAGACUAGGCUCCUUUCGUCUUGAGUACACAAACAUGCUUAUUGAAUUUCCUUUGUUUGUGCGCUCUGGGCCUCACUCCAAAGCUGGGUUUUACCAAAACGAAAGUCGUCUGAUCAGGUAUAUUACAUUACAUGUACGUGUUCGACUGAGAGAUCUCGUUGUUUUCUCGGCAAGGCUGGAAACCGAAAGCAAGAUGGCUCGGAGAAAUGUUUCCGAUGCUACCUCGAAAAAUCUCAAGCGCCAAUUUCUUGAAUGGUGUGGUCAGAAACAGAGCAAGACAUUUUCUCUUCUUAUCAUAGGCAAAACUGGCGUCGGUAAAUCAAGUCUUGUGAAUGCUCUUGUUGGCACACAAGCGGCUAAGGAAGGGCCUGAUAAAGGCCCCUGCACAUACGAAGUUACUUCAUACGAUGUAGACAUUGAAGGAGUGAAAAUUCGCGUGUGGGAUACUCCGGGGCUACGAGAUGAUGAUGAUGAUGAAGGCGGCACAGGUAACGACGAAAAGUACCUAGCGAAAAUGAUAAGCAAAAUAACAGAAGAGCUCGACCUUGUGAUUUUCUGUCUCAAGAUGAACGACACACGUUUUCUUCGCGACGACAAGGAAACAUUCAGAAUAGUGACGACACAUUUUGGAGAGGAACUGUGGAAGAACGCUGUGAUAGCUCUAACCUUUGCCAAUACAGUCGGAGAUCCAGCUGGGGGCGACAGAGAGUGGUACUUUUUGCAGGAGCUUGCACGAUGGAAAACGGCGAUACAUUCAUUCCUCAACGAAAAGCUCAAACUCGACCCUGAGCUGGUGCAAUCCCUGCCAAUAGUACCAACUGGAUAUCACCGACCACUCAGCGUCCUACCCAAUGGUGGAAACUGGUUAUCCAAGUUCUGGAUCGCCUGCUACUACGCUGCAAGGAAUUCCGCCGCUUUCAGCUUGUACCGAGCGAAUAAGGCCCGACUAAGAUUCCUUGGGAGCGAACUGAAUGUGGCAGCUAUCUUUGGUGGAUCCGAAGUGGCUCCUAUAUCUCCUUUCGCGGAUAACUACGUGAUGCCUGCGAUUGACUUGGACGAAGAACAACAAGAGUCGUUUUGGAGCAAGACAUGGGAGGCGUUCAAGGAAUAUAGUUUAAGUGUUGGUGUAGUUUUGGGUGUGCUAAGCACCGUAGGCAUUGCAAUUUUAAAGGCCUCCGCCAAGUAACGAACAGAAUAGGUAUGCACGUUUAAUGCAGCUGAGUUAAAAGUUAUUAACUGGUGUCGCAGCAUUCAGAGUUGUCUUUGUUACUUUUCUUCGCUUUGGUCUCCAUGUGGUAGAAAUAACAUUUGCAAUUUAAGUAACCACCAAAACUACGCCGAGGAAAACGUCGAUUAAAAAAUGAAUUUAUAUUUUAUCUUCGAAUCUCGCGGUACUCCUAAU